UGGCGGCAAAUUCAAUAACAAAAGUUUGAAUAAAAUAUUUUUUUUGUGUUUCCUUAUCGAGAUAAAGCAUGUAUAUAAAAGGAAAUGUCGUUUUAUUUAAAGCCACCUUGUGGGACAAUAUCUCUAAGUAAACUAAAUGAAUUUGCUUGCCGGAGGCUGGAUCUACUUGCAAGAAUCCACGAAACGGGUGGAGAUCGAAUGAAAUUGCUGGAUAUCGUCAACGACUUGAGUAUCGUUAGUCACUCGGAGUGUUUAAUUGGCGGCACUCAGAAAGACAAUGUUUCACAUUAUAUCUUAAGGUUAAUUCUGUCAAGAGAAGAAGAAACUUCAAAAUUCUUAUUGGAAACAGAAAAAAUACUCUUUGAUUUUCGGUCCUCCUGUAUGACACAAGAUGAAUUAUAUAAACUUCUUAGGUCCUUGAAUAAGUUCAAAUUAUCAGGUGUCUGUAAAGAGCAUGGCGUGGAAUCUAUAUUGUCCUCUUUAUUUUUGGUUAAGAAAUUAUGCAAUAACUCAUGGAAAAUGGUUGUCAAGAAAUAUUUUGAAUGUGGAGAUGAUGAAUAUUUUUAUGUACCAUUUCAAACUGUCUUGCCUCUUGUGGCAAAGCGGCAGGUUUCCCUCAAAGAUGGUAUGGCCUUGGUUCCUUUCUUAAAGUUGCUUGAUUUCUUAAAGGAAAUAUUAUCUUCCCUUCUUACUGCUGGAAUUAAAAAAGCUAGAUGUCAAAGCAAUACCGAUGUAAGAAUAAAAAUAUUGUCCAGACAGAUCAUGAAAAGAUUUAAAAACCAAGUUCACAGUUUUUCCAGCAACCUAAACUAUAAAAUGACAUUAUUACACAAUGAGGUUGAUUACUCAGUUAAAAGUUUCCCACCUUGUAUGAUCCACCUUCAUUCUGUUUUACGAGAAAGACAUAGACUAAGUCAUCAUGCUCGGAUACAGUAUAGUUUAUUUUUAAAAGAAAUGGGUCUACCUGUUCAUGAAGCGAUUGUAUUCUGGAGAUCAGAGUAUUCACAGUCAGCUCCUCCUGGUGUAGACUGGGGACAUAACUGGAAGGCUGAUGGAGAGAGAUAUAUCUACAAUAUACGUCACCUUUAUGGAUUGGAGGGGUCACAUAAAAAUUAUAGGGGACACUGUUGCCAUUCCAUACAGAAUCAGACAGUCCAACCAACAAGUGUAGGCGGGUGUCCUUUCGUUCAUUUUGAUAAAACUAAUUUACAGAAUUUUCUUUCUACCCAACAAAUUGAUUCUAAGACAAGUUCAACCAUCAUGGAAUAUAAGGAUAAAAGAAUGUUUAAUGAAGCAUGUUCAUUGUUUUUAAAGGACAAAAAUGCAGAACUUCUUAGCGAUAACUAUUGUAAAGAGGGAAGUUGUAGUUUAAAUGACUCUAAAUCAGUAUGUACUGUAAAUGAAUUCAGUACAAAGUGUACUUUAGUUGAAUCUAGUACCAGGUGUACUGAAAAUGAAAUCAGUUCCCAGUGUACUGUGAAGGAAUCCAAUAUAGAGUGUAUGUUGAAUACAUCUGUUACAAACUGUACUAUAAAUGAAUACAGUACCCAAUGUACUUUAAAUGAAUGCAGUACAAAGUGUACUUUAAAUGACACAAGUACAAAGUGUAUUGCGAGUUCAGUAUGUCGUAAAAAUAUGUCGUACACAAAAUCUGUUUCAUAUAACACAAAUUCAAGAUCGGUUCUGAAUGAUAAUUCUUUCAAUAUAUGCACAUCGGUGAGUUUUACGCGAAAUGACAGAGAAAGUCUGAAAGACUCUAAUCUUCACAAACUUAUAGACUCUUCAGUAGAUAGACCCCUGGUAUAUUCAACUAUAGAGGAGUUGUUGCCAAAGUGUAAUGGACUGUAUCAGAAAGGAGAAAAUGGUCCAGGUAAUAUUGAUCUUGAUGAAAGUCAUUUGAUUGGAUGUAACCAUGAAAUUUGUCCAUCACAAAUGACCAACAAUAUGUACAAGGAUUUGCCUCAGAUAGAGAAGCCCAUAGAUUACUGUAUCAGUUACAAACUAAUGAUAGAAAAAUUACAAACUUAUUCUCAUCAAUAUUCUUGAUUCUAGUUUUAUUUAUAAAUGAAUUUUUAAUGAAAAUUGUUAAUUAUAAAUGUCUUCCAUGAUAAAUUUAAUGUAUAAUAGGUUGAUAUAUUUUUAUUUUAUGAAUCAAUGAAUGCAUUUUACCAUAUUACUGUAUUUUCAUAGAUUUUUAAAGUGGAAAAAUAUAUUAAGAUAGAUUCAAACUGAUUAAAAAAUUUUAGACUGACCUCCAGUUGCUACCUAACAUUAAUUAUCCUAUUGUAAUACAUUGAUUAAUAUACAGGAUUACCUUAGUAUCUGGAAAGAAGGUGGUUGGCUGGCCGAAUGGUUAAAGUGUGCACGUUGAAUCAGAAGGUCUGUCAUUAAGUCAGGUGGCAUGGUUUCGAUUCCCCGCUUGUACAUGACAAGGAGUAGGGUCGCCUGUCCAACCUUGUGGGGUUUAUCUGGGUCCUCUGGUUUCCUCCCUCUGCUAGAGACCCAUAUGUGCAAGCGAAUUAUUGAAAUAAAAUUGAACCAUAUGUUAGUCCCAAAAUGACUUAUUGAUUAAAGGGAUUAUUGAUUUGGUAAAAAGUAGAGCUCAAUCAUAUCUAAAAAUUUUGGAUCAUAAAUUUAAAAUUACAGAGUUAUUGCAUUUUGAUUUUCAACAAUUUGAAUAACCACAUUCACAUUUAUGGCUCUUGAUCACUGAAAUUAUUUUUGAAAUUUAUACAUGUUCAUGUUAACAAAAAUGAAAAUCCUAUUUAUUUCCAACCAUUUCUUAUAAAUUCCGCUAAAAUUAGAAUCUGACAUGAUUUGUUUCUGUUAGAGCUUCAAAGAAGCAGAUAAAAUGGUAAUUAUUUCGGAUAAUUAUUGUUGGUCUUGAUCACUAUUUAAAAAUGCUACCGUUUCAUUGGCUGGCAACCAAUCGUAUUUAAAUUUAAUUAGAAUAUUGGUUGAAAA